AUGGAUACAACGGAGCUAAAACGUGUGUUCCAAAUGUUCGACAAGGACGGAGACGGUCGAAUCACGAAGAAAGAGCUAAACGAGUCAUUGAAAAACCUCGGCAUCAUAAUACCAGAAAACGAGCUAUCGCUGAUGAUCGAGAAGAUCGAUGUGAACGGCGAUGGUUGUGUUGACAUUGAAGAGUUUGGAGAGCUUUACAAGACGAUAAUGGUAGAAGACGAGGACGAGGUAGGAGAAGAGGAUAUGAAGGAAGCGUUCAACGUUUUCGAUAGGAAUGGAGAUGGGUUUAUCUCGGUGGAAGAAUUGAAAGCGGUUUUGUCUUCCUUGGGACUCAAGCAAGGUAAGAUCUUGGAGGAUUGUAGGAAGAUGAUAAUUCAAGUGGAUGUUGAUGGUGAUGGUAGAGUUAAUUUCAAGGAGUUUAGACAAAUGAUGAAAAAGGGUCGGUUUUUUAGUUCUUUGAGCUGA